AUGUAUAGUGAUGAUUUUCUUAACAAUAUGGGAUUGCAAUCCUCCUUAGAAGGUCAUCAGGCUUUUAGUCAGGGAUGUCAUCAUCAAGCUAGAUCACAUUACAUGGAAGCAAUGGAAACAGUAAAUGGUUUAGAUAGCGAAAGCAUUGAUCAAGAUCGACUACUAUGUGAUUUGUACAUCAAUAUAUCAUCAACUUUCCGAGAGCAACAUCAAUUAGUUCAGGCACUAAAAUAUUGCGAUCUGGCAGUCAAAUUAGCAGAAAGAAUGGACGAUCAAAUCCGAUUAGCAAGGUGUUUCGAUAGUUUAGGCAGUAUCAAUAGAAAAAAUGGAGUGUAUGAAGAAGCAUUAGCCCACUAUGAUAAAUCGCUUGUUAUAAAAUUAGAAAUUGUCAGUGAGCAUAGCUUAGAUGUUGCUGAUACCUUUCAUGGAAUAGGAGAAGUUUUCUUCAUCCAAUCUAAAUUUAAAGAUGCUUUAUCUAUGUAUAAGAAAUGCUUAGCAAUCCGAUUAGAUCUACUGGAAAAGGAUCAUUUAUUUGUAGCUGAAGCUUACCAAUCUAUCGCUAAUGUCUAUGCUAUACAGUAUGAAUACGAAUACGAAGAUGCUCUUUCUCUAUAUCAGUUAUCUCUUGAUAUUCGAUUGAAAAUGUACAAAAAUAAUAAUUUACUCAUUGUUCAAUCUUAUAACAGUAUUGGUCUACUUCAUUUCUAUAAAUACAAUUAUGAAUAUGCUUUAGCGAUGUUUAAGAAAUCUCUCAGUAUCAUUAACGAAUUAUCCAUGAGCAAUAAUAUCAAUAGUACUCCUAUCUAUGAUAAUUUGGGUAAUUUAUACUUUCAUCAGGGCAAAAUUAAAGAGGCAUUAUCUCUAUUAGAAAAAUCACUCCAGAUUAAGAUUGAAAAUCUAGGCAAUAAUAAUUUAAGUAUAGCAAUUACUUACAAUUACAUUGGAAAUAUUUAUCAUUAUCAAUUAAAACACAGCGACGCUAUAUCAAUGUUUCAAAAAUCGCUUAAAAUUAAACAAGAAAUCUUAGGAAAUAGUAAUAUUGAAAUAGUAAAGUCAUUGGAUGGCAUCGGUAACGUCUAUUUGUAUCAAUUUAAAUAUAAAGAAGCACUCUCUAUGUAUCAAAAAUCGCUAAAAGUUACUUUGGAAUUAUUAGGAAGUAAUACUUUAGGUAGUGCAAGAUCCUAUGCCAAUGUUGGACUUGCUUAUUUUGCACUAUCCAAGCGCGCUGAUGCUUUAUUAAUGUAUCAAAAAUCUCAAGAUAUUUUAUUGGAAGUUUUAGGAAAUGACAAUAUCCAUAUGGCAUAUUCCUAUUUAUGCUUGGGACUCGUUUAUUAUCAGCAGUUACAGUAUCAUUCUGCUCUAUCGAUGUUUGAAAAAUCAUUAAAAAUACAUAUAGAAAUUUCAGGUCAUGAUGCAUUAGAGGCAGCUUCUAUGUAUUAUUUUAUCGGACGUCUCUCUAUCGAUCAACAAAAGUAUCAAGAAGCUAUUUCAAUGUAUCAAAAAUGUUUACACAUAAGAUUAGAAAAACUGGGAAAUAAUCGAUCAGAAAUUGCUGAUAUUUAUUAUGCUCUCGGUUUAAUCUAUUUCCAACAAUUGAAAUAUAAAGAUGCUCUAUUUAUGUAUAAGAAAUCAUUAAAUAUUCGCUUAGGAAUAGUAGAUAAUAAAAAAUCUCCAAGCGAUGAAGUAAAUAAUAAAAUAGGUAUCACCUACCAGCAUCGUACUAAAUACCAAGAAGCUCAAUUAUUGUAUCAGGAAUCUCUCAACGAAGGAUUCGAAAUUUUAGGAGAUUAUCGUUUAGGAGUUUCUUCUCUCUAUUAUGAUAUUGGACUCAUCCAUACCAAACAGUUUCAAUAUCAAGAUGGCUUGAAUAUGUUUCGAAAAUCGUUAGCAAUUCAAAUUGAAGUAUUAGGAACCGAUAAUCUAAAUAAUACUAAGCUACAAGAAAUAAUGGGGCUAUUAUAUAAAUAUCAGUUUUCAUAUGAAGAGGCUUUGCAUAUGUAUCAAAGUGCUUUCCAUAUUAGAUCAAAACUGUUGGGUAAUAACAGUUUAGACGUAGCUAAAAAUUAUCUAAAUAUUGGAAAACUACACUGUGAUAACUUUAGAUAUCUAGAUGCUUUAACCGCAUUUGAAAAAUGCCUCCAAAUUCAACAGCAACUACUAGAAGAUAAUCACAUCGAUAUUGCCAAUACUUUUAAUUAUAUUGGGAGAAUCUAUAAGUAUUUACUGAAAAGUAAAGAAUCUUUGAAGUACUAUGAGAAAGCUCUAGACAUAGCGUUAGAUACAGCAGGUAGUAAAAAUCUUCAUGUUGCUGAAUCGUAUCAUGGACUGGCAGAUGGAUAUUUUAUGCAACAUAAAUUUAAGGAUGCAUUAUCUAAUUAUACAGAAGCUCUCAACAUUCGGCUAGAAAUAGUUGGAAAUCAAGAUUUAGCGGUAGCUCAGUCGUAUUAUGCUAUCGCUAACAUUCAUUUUUAUCGAUCCAAGUAUAGGGAUGCCCUCUCCAUGUACCAUAAAUCUCUAGAUAUUGUAACUAAAACUUUAGGAACUAACAAUUUAACUGCUACCAUCAUUUAUAAUGGUCUUGGAAAUGUAUACGCUAGACAGUCAAAAUAUGAAGUUGCUAUAUCAAUGUACCAGAAAUCGAUCAAAAUUGGAAUAAAAUUAAUGGGAUAUAAUUAUAACUUGAUUCUAGCUAAUUCAUAUCAUAAUCUUGGAUUAGCUUACGAAGAUCAAAGCAAAUAUGCUGAUGCUUCUUUGAUGUAUCAAAAAUCUCUCGAUAUUCAACUACAAAUAUUUGAAAUCAAUCACCCAAAUGUUCGCGAAACAAAUGAUAUCAUUUCUAGUUUAAAUCGCAAACUGAUGCAACCCAAUUCCUCAGCUAGUGUAAGCCAAAUAUCAGUUAAAAUUCGAAACAGAGUUCGGCAGCGUGGUUCAAUCUACCUCUAUUUAUCUGGUGUUCCGGCCUAUCCAGCAAAAGCCGACAAAGCCGUAAUCUUACCCAAUUCCGAAAGAAUUUGCGAUCGCAAUAGUUUUAAUAUGGCAGUUAGACUAUAUGCAACUGUUGAUUUAAAGCGAUUAAUGGCAAUCGGAUGGUAG